AUGAGGAAACUCAGAGCCGGCACACUGCCGCCUGUCCUUAUCCUUUCAGUCUGCGCUAUUUCUGCCCGAUUUUCUACCCACCCAAGACUCUCAAACAGUUCUAUGCCGAACUUCCUGCGAGGCGAGGAGUGGGCAACAGUGGCGCGCGAUAUUGUCAUGAAGAGAUACGAGUGGCCCAACAUCACAAUACUCACCUGUCUCCUGAUCCUCGGACUGCAUGAGUUUGGCACCUGUCACGGUGGACGAAGUUGGGCAUUAGGAGGUCAAGCGAUCCGCAUGGCUUUUGCGCUACAGCUACAUAAGGACCUCGAAUACGAUCCUCAGAGGUUGACUGGGACAGCACAGCUCAGUUUCAUUGAUCGAGAGAUUCGAAGGAGGACUAUGUGGGCCUGUUUUUUGAUGGAUAGGUUCAACUCUUCCGGAACCGACCGACCGACAUUCAUCAAGGAGGAAACGAUCAAAAUUCAGUUACCUAUCAAGGAAAAAUAUUUCCAGCUCGACAUGCCAGGCCCCACUGAAGAUCUCCAUGGCAAAGUGCUACAUCCUGUAUCAGCAGAUGACGGUGAACUUGCCGAUGCGAAGAGUAACAUGGGCGUCGCUGCUUACAUGAUCCGGGUGAUCGGGUUAUGGGGUCGUAUCAUCAACUAUCUAAAUCAAGGAGGCAAGGAGCUGGAUGAAAACCCAAUGUGGAGCCCCGAUUCCGAAUACACCAAACUCAUCAAGCAGACCGAAGAUAUAGUCGCAUCCCUACCCGAGACGUUAGCCUACACUCCCGAAAAUCUCCAUCUUCACGACACGGAGGGCAUGGCCAACCAGUUUCUCUUUCUACACAUCUCAGUGCAACAAAACAUUCUCUUCAUGAACCGAUUCGCGGUGUCGACACCGAAUGGGAACUCGCAUCAAGACGUCCCGAAGACAUUUGUCACUAAAGCCGGUGCAAAGGCUUUUGCUGCGGCGAACCGCAUCUCUGAGCUUCUGAAAGAUGCAGAAUCAUAUCUCAUCGCUGCGCCUUUCGUUGGAUAUUGCGCUUUUCUCUCCAGUACUGUCCAUAUUUUUGGAAUAUUCUCUGGAAACCCGGCUAUGGAAGCCACAUCAAAGCGGAAUCUAGCAACGAAUGUGAAGUUUCUGGCGAAAAUGAAACGGUAUUGGGGCAUGUUUCACUGGAUGUCAGAGAAUCUAAGAGAGCAAUAUCGUACCUGUGCCGAUGCCGCGAGACAAGGAAAUCCUGCGAAUGAGAGUGCCUCCUCCCCGAUAUUUCAAUACGGCGACUGGUUUGACAGAUAUCCUCAUGGUGUUUCGCAAACCGACUUCGUCGAUCCCGCGGUGUACAAGAAGAAAGAAAGGGGAGAUGAUGCGGUGCUAGAGCAGAAGCCAGAGCUGCACACAGUCGAAGAGUUCUUCACCAAGCUCUCGCCCCAGAGCCAGGAAGGUCGAGAUGCAGCAGGCCGACCUGUAACACUUAAGAGAAAGGCCGCUCUUAGGAAAGCAAGCAGCUGGCUCUAA